AUGCAGUCUAGCGACCCAUCUGAACUAAAGGUUAUGACAGGUAAUUUAACCUCGUCUGCUUCAGCAGCAGCCGCUGCCAUCUCUUUUCCUCACACUGAAGCGUCGGAGCUCCUCCCUGGCGAGGAGUAUUCCUAUCUCCUGACGCCAUCCUUACCGUUUGAACCAGAUUAUUUUGAAACGUUCGUAACUUUGUGCGACGUGCUGAUAGACUGCUAUACUCGACUUAUAUCUUUGGUUCCGACUCCUUCCGUUUGUACUGUUGCUCUGGGUGAGAUGUUCUCCAAGGCCGAUGCUAAGCUUCGAAAGAUCAUGGUAGCAGGGGUUGUACGGGAAUUUGAGGAUGCGAGCCGGAUGAAUGCAAAGAAUGAAGUCUCGGGUGUAAGCCGCGUUGUCCUCGGGGGUCUUCUAGGUUAA